AGUGACACGCAAACAUUUGGAGAAACAUAACGCAACCUCAUCAGCUUUCUGCUCCAUUCAAACGUAGACGGUGGCAAUGUCCACAGCCAGAGUUCACGUGUCGGCGCUCUCCGCCACCGUCAACCACCUCCGCCUCCGCCCAACCACCGCCGUUUCACCCAACUGCUUCAACACCCAUUCCAGGAAGCCUCUCAGGGUGUCCAUGUCUUCAGUUCCUCCUUCGGAACCCGUCGAAAUCGCCGUUAAAGCUUCUCUCACCACACCCAACACCCUCGGCGACUGCCCCUUUUCCCAAAGGGUAUUGUUGACACUGGAGGAAAAACAUCUACCUUAUGAGGCGAAGUUUGUGGAUUUAAGCAACAAGCCAGAAUGGUUCCUUCAAAUCAGCCCCGAAGGUAAAGUUCCUGUGAUAAAGUUUGAUGAGAAGUGGGUUCCAGAUUCAGAUAUUAUCACACAAACAUUGGAAGAGAAGUAUCCUAGCCCACCAUUGGUGACCCCGCCUGAAAAGUCUACAGUUGGAUCAAAGAUUUUUUCUACAUUUAUCGGAUUUCUCAAGAGCAAAGAUCCCAAUGACGGAACAGAGCAAGCAUUACUAAGUGAACUAAGCUCCUUCAAUGAUUACCUCAAGGACAAUGGUCCUUUUGUCAAUGGGAAAGACAUAUCUGCAGCAGACUUGUCACUUGGACCAAAGCUAUACCAUUUGGAAAUUGCUUUGGGGCAUUAUAAGAAAUGGACUGUACCAGAUUCACUUACCUUUCUGAAAUCUUAUAUGAAGGCUAUUUUCUCAAGGGAAUCAUUCAUUAAAACACGUGCACAACCACAGGAUGUCGUUGAAGGUUGGCGUCCCAAAGUGGAAGGCUGAUAUCCACUCUAGCACUCAUGCGGCGCUUUCAUUUCCAUUAGACUCUAAGGUCAGGACUACUCCACUUGUCUCUAGUUGAGUAUAUAUAUUGUGUAGCAAUCUCCUUCAAAGAGUUCAAGACCAAAAUAAUUUUGUAGUAUAUAAUUCACCAUGGACUAAUGUAUAUUUAUAUUUUAAGAAUAGUUGGUCUCAGAUUACACAUGUUUGGUAGGAGGCCAGAAGACAGCAUGUAGAUGGUAAUAAUUGCAUUUCCUGAAGAGAAAGAAAUAUGGAUUCAAUUCCUUGA